CAAUUCAAUUAUAGAGAGCAUAACACAUCAAACAGCGCCGUUUUGAGGGGACUCUUCUAGAUCUGCUAUAUAUUUUUCCUCUAUCUGCUUAAACCCAGGAUCUUUAGCUCCUCUUUCGUCCCUAGCAAAAACCCUAGCCUCCUCGCUUUCGCAACAAUGACAGGGGAGACAGUGAAUCCAAAAGCAUACCCUCUUGCAGAUGCUCAGCUCACCAUAACAAUACUCGAUCUUAUUCAACAAGCAGCUAACUACAAGCAACUCAAAAAGGGAGCCAAUGAAGCUACCAAAACCCUUAAUAGGGGUAUCUCUGAGUUCAUAGUGAUGGCUGCCGAUACUGAGCCUCUUGAGAUUCUACUCCAUCUUCCCUUGCUAGCUGAAGAUAAGAAUGUGCCAUAUGUAUUUGUGCCAUCAAAGCAAGCGCUUGGCAGAGCAUGUGGUGUGACAAGACCUGUUAUUGCUUGCUCUGUGACAUCAAAUGAAGGAAGUCAAUUGAAGUCCCAAAUACAACAACUCAAAGAUGCCAUUGAAAAGCUAUUGAUAUGAAAUAGCUUACUACGCAUUUUCGGUGUGAUGGGCCUCUUGGAUUGUUAGUAUUCGCUCCAUUGGAGGCUUUGACUGAUGAAGUUGUAUCACUGGGGACCAAAGCUUUUUACAGUGACCUUUAUCAAGAUUAUUAGUUUUAAGUUUUUUCCUCUUAUGCAUUGCGACUAUACUCAUGUGAUAUUUUUCCAAAAAAACUUGAGAUAACUCGUGCUAUGAACCUAGCUUGCUGCUGCCUAAACAUUAUUGGAAGUUCCUGUGGCUAUUGAUCUGACAGUGAGAUAAUUAUUGCGGUUAAAUUAUUUAUGUUUUGCAAUUACAGACACCAUUGAGAAAAAUUCUCUAAUGGGAGCAGCAGCACUCUUAUAUGAUC